AGGUAAAAUACACAUCACUACCACCAAAACACCAUGUACUUGCUUGAUAUAGAUAAAAGAGACGUCUUCACCAAUGCUAAAACUACCGCCCAGGCAUUCAGAAGUUGGGACACAUGUAUGGCCAAUAGGACAUGUAAGAUUGUGGCCAUCGUCUUGAUCGUAUUGGGAGGAUUACUAGUCAUCUGGGUCGUGACGACCAUAUUCCAAUGUUUGUUCAUGGGAGCUAAAUGUAUUGAUGCUUGUUGCUGCUGCUGUUGCAGAAAUUCAAACAAGAAUGCAUAUGUCGAGAAACAGCUGGAUUAUCCAAACCCUAAUAUGUAUCCUCCUCAUACUCAACAGCGAUAUGCAUAUCAACCACAGCCUCCUCCUAAUAAUGCUUAUUUCCCUACUGAUAAUUAUAACUCAAAUGACAACAAUUAUGGUGGAAGCAACUACAGCUCCAGUAAUUAUAAUAGAGGCUAUGAACCGGUUCAAACUAACGCUGGAAGAGAUUCACCAUUUGACGACCACAACAAGUCUGAAUACAGAGGGUACCAUUGAAAGGGCCCAACUUAGGUUUACGAAAUUAUGUCUUAUUUUAUAGCUGGGUUUAAUUUAUAUAGUAAGGUUGAUUUUAAAGAAAUUACUAAGGCUUUUAACGUUCUUGUGUUGUAUAAAUAUAUCGUUUUAUUCGAGAGAUAUUAAAGACUUGUGAUUCUCUG